AUGUCAUUACAUAAAGAUACAACAUUUACAAAAAUAUUCGUCGGCGGUCUGCCAUAUCAUACAACAGAUGAUACUUUACGGAAAUUCUUCGAACGAUUCGGAGAAAUCGAAGAAGCAGUCGUUAUCACCGAUCGGCAAACAGGCAAAUCACGUGGAUAUGGAUUUGUAACAAUGAACACCCAAGAAGCUGCGAGUUUAGCAACGAAAGAAGCCAAUCCUGUAAUUGAUGGUCGAAAAGCAAACGUCAAUUUAGCUUAUCUUGGUGCUAAGCCACGUGUAAUCCCAUCACCAGCUGUACGAGCAGCAUAA